CCUCUCUUUCUCGUCCCGUCGAAGGAAAAGAACCUCUUCUAACCGAAGACAACGAGAGCAUCGAAUCCAACCCGUACUUACUCAUUCAUCCCUAUAAAAACCCCUUCUUCAUCCGUCUUUCUCCUUCUAUUUCUUUCUACAUCUUUCCAUGCCCUAAAAAAGGAAAAGAUCUUCCCAGGUGAAUUCAAUUCCUUUUUACACUGGAAUUCGAGAAACUCAUUAUUUUGGUGGUGGACUUUUUCCGAACUUGAAACAUAAAAGGUCUGGUUGCAUGAAAUACCAUGGCAACAGCAACCAUGGCAACUGCAGCUGGUGCCGCUGCUCUUCUUUACUAUACACUGAGUCGUAGGUUGCAAUCAACUCCAUCGGAUGAUGAUGAGGAGAAUGGUGGUGAUGUUUCCAAACCUGCUCCAUCCGUAAGAAGCCGAUUAUCGCGCGGUCCUGCUCAAGCUCCAGCAACUUGGUUGGAGACCAUUUCAACCUUGUCAGAGACAUUGAGAUUUACUUACUCGGAAACUCUAGGGAAGUGGCCGAUUGGCGAUCUUGCUUUUGGUAUCAGCUUUCUCUUAAAGAGGCAGGGAAACUUACCUGUUGCAAGUAUAUAUGCUGGUAAAGAUAGUGUACAGCUUAGAGGAGCUGAAAUAACAACUGACCUAAAAUAUCUCUUGAAGUUGCUGACUCUUUGUUGGCAUUUCUCAAAGAAACCAUUUCCAUUGUUUUUGGAGGAAACUGGCUAUUCUCCUGAAGAUGUUCUCCUUCAGGAACCUAAAGCAGGACUUUUGAAACCUGCUUUUACAAUUCUGGUCGACAAGAACACAAAAUGUUUUCUUCUACUGAUUCGGGGAACUCAUAGCAUCAGGGACACUUUGACAGCUGCAACUGGCGCUGUUGUACCAUUCCAUCAUACUGUUGUAUAUGAAGGUGGUGUCAGCAACUUAGUUCUAGGCUAUGCACAUUGUGGGAUGGUUGCAGCUGCUCGUUGGAUUGCAAAGCUUGCGAUACCUUGUCUUAUUAAAGCACUCAGCAAAAAUCCGGAUUACAAAAUCAAGAUUGUUGGACACUCUUUAGGCGGAGGUACUGCAGCACUUCUGACAUACGUACUACGGGAGCAGCAGGAGUUCUCCACUACUACAUGUGUUUCAUUUGCUCCAGCUGCUUGUAUGACUUGGGAGUUGGCAGAGUCAGGGGUGCCAUUUAUUACUUCAGUCAUCAAUGGAGCUGAUCUGGUGCCUACAUUUUCAGCUGCUUCAGUAGAUGACCUGCGCUCUGAGGUGACAGCGUCUGCAUGGCUUAACGAUCUAAGGAAUCAGAUCGAGCAAACAAGAAUCCUGAGCACCGUCUAUCGAUCUGCAUCCGCCUUGGGGUCCCGUCUUCCAUCCAUUGCCAGUGCUCGAGCACGAGUCGCCGGUGCUGGUGCUAUCCUACGUCCAGUCUCUAACAGUACGCAGGUUGUGAUGAAGAGAGCUCGCAAUGUGGCUCAGGCGGCAUUGGCCCGUCCAUCCCUUCGGCUAUCCUCAUGGUCAUGUAUGGGGGCACGCCAUCGGAUAACAGCUGCUGCUGCAAACCCUAAAAUGGAUGAAAACCACACAGAAAUUUCCACCACCACAACAACAGACGCUGCUGAGCCUCUUCUGAUGUCCCAUGAAUCCACGACCAUUGUCGAAACCACAGAGCUGCCAUUAUCAACAUCUGAAGGCAGGUCAUGGAAUUUGGAAAAUGGCUGCUCUAGUUCCAGCGAAAUUAUAACAUGUGCUGACAUGGACAGUGAUGGGGCCGAUGGUGAGGAACUCAUGGGCCACGGCAGAAGUGAGGACCGCAUGACGGAAGAAGAGCUGUGGCAGCAGCUCAAUCACGAACUGUACAGGCAAGAGGAAGGCGAGGGAGCUGACGUGGUGAAUGAGAUGAGGGAGGAGGAGAGAGCCGCCGUGGCGGAGGUGGCUGGGAGCUCAUCAGAGAGCUCGGUGCUGGAAAGAGCAGAUGCCCACCGUUUCUUUCCUCCAGGAAAGAUCAUGCACAUUGUCAGUCUCGUUCAUGAGGAGCCUAUGAGCGAGGAAGAUGCUGCAGAUGACGAUGAAGACCACCGGCUUGCCGCUGACUCAAAGGUGGGGAUUUUUCUGACACCGAGGUCACUAUACGGUAAGCUGAGGCUAUCGCAGACCAUGAUCAAUGACCAUUUCAUGCCGAUUUAUAAGAGGCAGAUUGAUCAGCUAAUCAGUGAGCUAGAAAAGGAAGAGUCAAUGGAUGGGAGUUGUAUUGAAGAGGAUGUAUUGUGAUAUUAUAGAUAAAAACAUAUUUUUGUGAAAUUCCACACGUGUUUUUGAGCCUUUUCUUAUUAUAUUUGUAAAUUAGUUUGGGGAAUUUUUACCAACAAAAUGUUGGGAAUUGAUUUUGAUUUUCCAUCUGAUUGAGGUGGUUAUGCAUUCGUUUUCUACUUAAAUUUGA